CUGUACUGUUAUUUUCGUUUAAAUUAUUGGAAAUCACCAUUACUCUCUGCAACGGCGUGAUGAUUAAUAAAAGUUGUACUUGCAGUUGGUUUCGCCGUUAGUUCGUUACGUGCCGUGACGGUUUAUCUGCGUUCUUGAUUGAUAACGAUUAUGGAUUCAGGAGAACCAGACGGAUUAGCGUACCAUUCGGGAGUUCGGGAAUGUCGUGUUAUUCACCGGAAACUAGAUUCUGCGGACCCCGGGCGCUCACUCAUGCAAAUCUUCUACGAUGAGUGGCAGCUGCACCAGAGAGCGGGGAUCGACUCAGUUUUCACCAAGGUUGUUAUUGUGGGUGACGACGGUCCCAAACUGCGGUUCACCCACGAGGAGAUCUACAGUGAUCCUGCCUUUAUAAAAUACCAACAAAGUGGCAAAUUUGUGUAUAGUGAACGUGUGCUAAAAGACAAAAAAGAGCCGAACGGAUUAAGAGUAAUGUUGAAUUCCAAGAUCAAGAGGCUGGACCCGAACAAACCUUGGGCAGAUGUUGUGAAGAGUCAGGACGAUCUGUACGCUAAACUGAAGACUGGUUCUCAUACGGAGAGGAAGGCUGAUGCGGAGAGCAGGGAAAACUCGGCCUUUCGGGCUAGUGCGCCGGCUGAGAUGGUCCAAUGUCUGGAUCUGAUGCGUGUUGCGGAGAAAGGGGAUUUGCCCUUUAUUUACGGGCACAACGGCGUCGAUUCCAUUCCCAUGGUAAAACCGUUUCCUAUCCCGUGUAUUUUCAAGGAAUCAAGUAGAGUGGACGGUUAUGAUGAGGAUAUGGAUGGGAUCACUACCUGGGGAGUGUACCACAGUACAGCGCGCAGCGCUACCGGUUGCCAUACGGAGGAUUUCAGAUUUGGAUCCUACAACAUUGUAUUGCAGGCAGAUGAACCCAAGUGGUGGAUCGCCAUGUACGCUCACGAUCAAUCCAAAGUGGAAAAGGUUGUUUCCGGCUGGUACGUUAAGGGGCUAAUUUCUUCAGCCUCUAAGUCGAAAACUGACAGUCGACAAUCGAAAGAUGAUCAGCCGAAAGAUGAUGACGUACCUUGUAACCAACUUAUUACUGGCCAUUAUCAUCGGAUGGCUAUCCCUACCGAUCCCGAUAAACUACUAGAUCAGGAUAUUGCGUUACUCUGGGCUAGCCAGGGGCCUGGAGAGAUUAUGAUGGUUUCUUCAAAUGUUGUACAUUAUGUAUUCCAAGCGGGUGGCAAUGUUUGCAUGGCGAUAAACUUCGCCGAUAUUCAUAUGGUGCCGAAGAUGGUGUUGUUUACCGGCAUUUAUGAGCAGUGCCCGCAUGAUUUAGAUGACACCAGGAAGGCCGAGAAAGACGUCAAACGACAUCGAAAAGCACGAUCACAUGGAAUAGAGAGCCACUAUACUGGUCGCCGGAUGAUCGCGUACCUGAAAACGAUGGAGGCGGAACAUGGCGGGUAACUUCCGCCAGUCGGGACCAUGCCGUCUGUAUGGCCAGACUACAUUGACCCAAAAUUUUACGAAGGAUCUGAUAUUAUUCCCAUUGGUCCAGAGGGUAUCAGUCUGGAGCAGUUCCAACCGGUUGUCGCUCGUGUCCCGUUGGAGUGUCUGCGAUUUGGUCAGCCGAUUAAAGGCAUCCGCGUGCGGCUUGUGCAGCCGGCGUUUGUGUUUUGGCUCUGUACGCAGUUGGCGAACCCGGGUGAAGGACAGUAUACUGUCGACUGGACGGUAUGUGGUGUAGCGGACUGCUCUACGGAUAAGCACGCCACUGUAAGAUGUAUGCUGGAAGCCGGCAAGAUCGACGUCUACGUCACGGACGCUGGAUAUUGUAACGGAGUAGCGCUACUAUCGCUCAUUAACCGACAAAGCGACGGAUGACAGUCAAGUGAGUCUCUCCAACGGUGUAUUGGCCGUCCGGCGCCGAUUGAGCCAACUCCAGCCGGAAAUGGCCCAGAAAGGCUACCACUAGAAUGUACGGCACAUCGAGCCAAAGCAUGGAAAAAGCCUGAUGCGGCACUGGGCAGAUCCAACACGAGCGAAUCGAACGCUGAUAGGCCGAGAUGUGGAAGUGGUGUGGCUCCGCCUACAUCGAGGCCGGUGAUUGGCCGAGACGUAAGUCUGGGCGGAAAGCUGCCUGAGUCGAGGCCGAUCUGGCGCUCGACAGCGAGUGCGACUCGGUGUGAGUCAGCACACCGGAAGCGGGACUGUCGCUGGCUGCCAUACUCGUAGGCUGCCAUAGCGACUGGCCCAACAUUACCAAAGUCUCCUGUCGUAUCAUUUGGUCUGAUUUAUAAUGGUCUUCGUGGAUCAAAUGGACAGCGACACGACGGCCAUCACCCGGCUCAACCACACCGAUCACUCGGCCUACGUGGCCGUGCUGCGCAACGCCUUCCGCUCGCCCCACAUGGACGCUUUCCACCACGCUCCGGCUCUCCUACCCCUGAGCAUCGAAGGAGUUGUGGAGAGUAUUAUCUUGGAAGCCGGACUGGAAUACACCGGGGAAAACAAGUUCGAGGAUGAUGCUGAUGUUCGAGGAAGUAUUACCGGGUUGAAGGAAGGUUAUCAAGUGUACAUGCAGGAGAGUAUUGGGUUUGAGAAGAGCCACUAUCUGCAUGGAGAGGGAUCCCGAGAUGCGGAAGAACCAGGCCAAGCGGGAUGUGCGCUUUAUGCAUUUCCCGCCCGGGGAGGUGGUGGUUCUACAUUGAAAAAAACUUCUGCACUACUUGUGCAAAAUGCUGAAGAAGACCUGACUUGUGUUAGGAACGGAAGAGGAUAGCAGAAACAACUGAAUUAAAAAAUUCUAUGAAAACGCAGUAUAUUAAAUCGGAUUUAAAUUCUGGUACUUAUUUAAUUCCGAUUCAUUUCAUAAUUUCCAAUAAUUGUUUCCGCAUUCGUUACCGUUCUGCGGUCAUCCGUUCUGCUCCAGUCUACGCUCCGGGAAUUGGAUGAUGGAUUACAUCACCGAUCGGCUGCGCAGUUACGAGUCGACUACUCCGCUGGCCGACUGGUUCGGCGCGGUUUUCGAACACAUCAAAGGACUGCCGCCUACUCGGUCCCGCAGUACUUCGAUCUGGUCGUCACUCAAGCGUACCGGCAGAUCGUCGAUGUGGCACUGAAUCGGAUGGGGAAACUCGUUUCCAGUGGAUCCGAAUUUACGAGAUAUUCAUUCGCUGUAAAGUUAACGGAGCAAGGGUAGUGGACUGGCACAAACUUCAGGAAUCCCAUUGAGGAUCAAAGUUUGGUAGUAUGCCACGAAAUUUACAAACAAGUUUCUACCAAGUGUUUAAAAACAAACGUUUUAAUCCCUUAAAAAAAAUCAUGGUUCUAUUUAAUUCAAUAACACGAUAACAAUAUCAGAAUCUAUUUACGGCUAAACAAAACAACAUUUCAACGCCCAACGGUACCGAUUACUGAAGCAGCUUUACCACGUUGAACUGCAAAAGAGAUUUUCUGUUUCAAAAACUCGGGACCACGAAUCUCGCCGGUUUGUAGCGAAAUCCUCUUCCCAAUCUCGUUAACAAAUCGCUUCGCCGAUGUACCAAAACUACCGAAUGUUUCAAAGCCGACAGCCGUAAACUCGUAUCGCCCCGACAGAAAGCUGUAUUUUCUUGCUUUCUCGGCUUCGACAUGGUCUGCUGCCGCUCCGGCCUUAACACUGGUCUGAUCCAAAUACGACGGUAAUACUGGUAUCAACACCAGCAACAUCUCCCGCCAAACACAGUUCCCUUGGGACCAAGUGGUGAUGCCAUCGGGAAGUGCUUCGUUUUCAUGGUAAAUACCACUAGUUCCAGUUCUUGCGUGUAUGCCUGCUGAACCUAGAGCCCGUCGCAAGAUGUCAUCGAUGCAGUCGUACGUGUCUGGGCCGUCUUCUCGCGGAAAUUUUGCAGCUCUAUUCAUGGUUGAUGGCAUUGGGACGUACCAGAUGUGCGGCAUCGUCAUGGCCAGCAAGCUGCCGGUCCUUUCUCCUUCACUGUCCCCACCGGCGCCGGCGAAAAUCAAGAACCCGGCGAACGGGCUGGAUGUGGAUGGGGCGGUGAGUCUGGCGGCCGGUCUGCCGCAUUUCGCCGUCGGUUGGGCGCGCAACUGGGGCCGCGACACCUUCAUCGCGUUGCGAGGACUAACUACUCUUAUUGACCGAACAGUUUCAAGAAGCGAGUAGAUACAUCAUCUUGGCCUACGCGGCCUGUCUCCGGCACGGGCUGAUCCCCAAUCUUUUAUCGGAGGGCACCGGCGCCCGCUACAACGCCCGCGAUGCCGUCUGGUGGUGGCUGUAUUCCAUCCAGCAGUACGUGCGGUUGGCGCCCAACGGCGAGGCCAUCCUCAAGGAUGUCGUCUCGCGGAUGUAUCCGCAGGGCGACAGCCCACUCACCCUGGACAGGCGGAUCAGCCUUUGGCGGAGGUGAUGCAGGAAGCUCUGAGCAAGUACAUGCAAGGCCUCAGCUUCCGCGAGCGGAGCGGUGGAAUCUGGACCGGGACAUGUGCUAGGAGGGCUUUAACAACGGCAUCGGGGUGGACUUGCAGACGGGCUUCGUGCCGCACAACUGCGGCACGUGGAUGGAUAAAAUGGGCAGUUCCGAACAGGCCGGGACGCGCGGCAAACCUGCAACGCCCAGGUACAGAAUUUGAGGCAUUUUUUACCAUUCGGUUGUACUGGAACAUGUUGUACUCGUACGUUUUUUGACACGAAAUUCUUGCAAUUUGCCAAAGUUUUUGAUUAAUCUGGUUUUCUGGGGCUUUUUUAUGUUUUCGGUUAUUGAUUUGUGCUAUUCUGACUCUUUUCCUGUAUAUUUGGGAUACUUCAGAAGUACAUGUAAGAUAACUAUGUAACCUUCUAUGUACAUGCCUACGUGGCCUGAGUUUUUUCUCCCUAUUUUCGAAUUUUAUUCUGUAUGGUGGUUUGAUCGUACUGUAUUGCUCAGUUUGCUAGGUUGAUAUAGUAGAAAAGUGGCUGAUUUCUGGGUGUGGCAGUUCGGAAACUGCAUUUCAGUCUAACAACCUUGGCAGUGAGUUAGCUGUGAUUUUGUAAUGAUCUUCACAACAAUUUUCAAUACGAGUACUCUUUCGACGUUGUGCUUUUUGUAUUUUAUCAUUAUAAGAGAAAUGGCCCGGUACAUGGUGUCAAAGUUUUGAUAUAUACACUAAAACUUUCGCUUUCGCGCACUCCCAAUCACUUUUUUGUAAUAUUUUAUGUUAUUCUAAAGCUAAACGAUUUGUAUACAUUAUUCUGAAAACUGCAUGUUUGCGCGCGCAACAUCCGGUUGCCGAGAUAUGCCGUACUCGAAUGGCUGAAAAGUUUAAAUGCAUCUUUGUGUACCAAAAGUCUGGUUAUUACCCGGUCUUAUUGAAACUUUACUAUAAUUUUGGGAAAAUGCUAUGGAUCUGAUAUUGGUUCACUUUAGACUUUAUGGCCCUAUACAGUAGUAAAGUUUCGAAAAGAUCGGGUAGUAACCAGACUUUUGGUACACAACGAUGCAUUUAACUUUUCAGCCACUUAGUACAGCAUAUCUCGGCAACCGGAUGUUGCGCGCGCAGACGGUUUUCAGAACAAUGUAUACAAAUCAGUUAGCUUCAGAAUAACAUGAAAUAUUAUAAAAAAGUGAUUCGGAGCGCGCGAAAGCGAAAGUUGUAGAGUAUGUAUCCCAUUUUUGAUGCUAUGUACCGGAGUGCGGCGAAAUGUCACACUCCCAAUUAUCCGGGUGCGCGUCUGGCACAGAUGACUGAUUGGCUGAUUUACUCGUACGAAACUUGAGUGCUAUCUCUGCAUUUGAAAAAUAAUUUGUUUUUUUUAUAAACACCCCAUGUCGCCGAUUUCUAUCACUGGAUCUGCUAUCGAAUUAGUGGCUUUAUGCUACUCCACGGUGGAUUGGUUGGCGGAGAUGAGCACCAGCGGGAAAUAGCCAUACGACGACGUUAAAAUGCAAACCAAAGUCGGACAAGUGAAAACACUGAGUUUUCUCGACUGGCGCCAGAUGAUUAACAAUCACUUUGAAGAGCGAUUCUUCGUCGGUGUGGAUCAAGCGGGCGAAUUUAUUCGCCGGGAUUUGGUGAACAUUGCGCCGAUCUACAAGGACACGGCUG